UUUUAUAAUAAAAUUAUUUUGCAAGUGUUUUUUUUCCCCCUAAAUUUACUUUAAUCACAAAUCUCAGGUGACCCAUAUUUAUUGUGUUGUGGGACGGAACUGGAUCAUUUUAUAUGCGGGGCAGAAAACUUUGGAAGGGUGGCAAAUUUGAACAACAUCGUGGAGGGCCGUUAUAAAUUAAAGGAUCAAAAAUAUGUAUUUAUUUUGUUAAAAAAUUAUCUUUUGUCGUUUUUGUAACGCUUAAAUGAGCUUGUAUUGAGGAUUUCUAAAUCUUUGCCAAUAAGGAUACUAAUAUUGACAAAAGGGUGGGGGUGGGUGGCGCUUUUUGUUGGAGGGGCAGUUACCCCCGCUGGCCCCCCUUAGCUCCGCCCCUGUGUAAAUAUCAUUAAUUAAUUUAUCAUUGAGCCCUGGUAAAGUUAUUAAUUUGGUGGGAAUUGCACUAGCUUUGAUGGGUGGGAAAUGUGCCUUUUGAUAAAUAUUAAAUAGGAAAAUAAAAUAAGAGAAUAAAACGUGUUAAAUGUAAUAUUAGUGACUCCCAUUGACUCUUUUUUUUUAAUAAAGAAAUUCCUAUUCAUGUUUUGUCUGUGUGGCUAACCCUGUCCUACGUAAAGUUAUUUUUAAGGCAGUUUCAUUUCGUCGUGAUUUUUUUCAUGCUAUAGUUGGAUCUUGACCACCACAUUGAAGUGAGAUUCUUGCGCCCAUCUCCUCAUGACCCGCCCAUCCGCCACCGCUGCUCAGCUCCCCGUGUCUGGUCAGGUGCUCGUUGUUCUCAGACAUAAACUUUACAUUUUAACACCUGGAUUAAAUUUGCGUCGGGACACGCCGAGCCAACGCCAUGCUCCGACGGAUACUUCAAAUGACUCCUGGGAAGGGAGGCUCCCAGAAUGCAGAGUCUGAGCAGCCCAGCAAAGAACUCAACCAUGAUCAGACAUCUGAGGGCUUCAUCUGUCCUCAGUGCAUGAAGUCUCACAAUUCUGCAGAGGAGCUGUUCAAACACUACGAGCUCUUCCAUGACACGGGCGAACUCCCUGCUCACGUGGCUCCUACCCGGGAAGACCUUACAAUGCUACGACAGGAAGUUCAGGACCUGCACGCUUCUCUCAAGGAGGAAAGAUGGUUCUCUGGAGAACUAAAGAAAGAACUGGACAAAGUCCAAGGACAUCUAAAGCAGAACGAUGGGCCGACCAGUUCAGAUGAUUCAGCUCUGGAGAGGAAGUUGAAUGAAGCUGAGACAGAGAAGUUCAACAUUAAACAGAUGAAGGACCUGUUUGAGCAGAAAGCUGCACAGCUGGCCACGGAGAUAGUAGAUUUGAAAUCGCGUUAUGAUGAGGAGAGGAGCCUGAGGGAGGCUGCAGAGCAGAGACUGGCCAAGAUGACGGAGCAGCUACAGAGUGAGCAGCAGGAGAAUGAGAAACUCCAAUCUGAACUGCUGCAGCGGCCGGGAGUGGAGGACGUGGAAGUUCUGCGGAGAGAGUUGGUGCAGGUGCAGACUCUGAUGGACAGCAUGACCCGUGAGAGGGAGGAAGAGUCGGAGUGCCUCAAAAACCAGUGUGAGCAGCUGCAGGCUAACUACGCUACCUCUGAGGUGACGAUCUCCCAGUUGAAAGCGGAGCUGGAAAAGGGUCCACAAGAAGCAGCCGUCUACACACAGCAGAUUCAUCAGCUGCAGAGCAAUCUGAAUCAGUUGCAGCAACAAUGUCAGAGGCUUUCUGAAAAGCUAGAGCGUAAAGAGAAGGAGCAUGAGGAUCUGCAGGAGCAUCUGGGAUCUGAGAAAACUGCGAAGAAAGAAGUCCAAGAAAAGCUGAGGGAGAGGGACAUGGAGGUCCAGGAGCUCCAGGCUCGAGCCACGGGAGCCGAGUCCUCCCUGCAGAAGGCCCAGGCCGAGCUGAAAGAGAGGGCCGAGGAGGUGGUGAAGUUCAAGAGUGAGAUUGCUGAGUUGGAAGUGAAAAACGCAGAGCUGAAGGUGGAGAGGAAACAGUUGGAGCAGCAGAAGGAAGAAAAAGAGAGUCAGGGGGCUCAGCAGCAGACUGAGAUCAAUCAGCUGCACGUUAAACUGCUGGAAACAGAGCGGCAGCUGGGAGAAGUGCAGGGUCGGCUGAAGGAGCAGAGGCAGCUUUCCGGCGAGAAACUGAAGGACCGCGAGCAGCAGGCAGCUGACCUGCAGCUCAAACUCUCCCGAGCAGAAGAACAGUUGAAGGAGAGCACCAGUAAGAACACAGACCUUCAGCACCUCCUGGAGAAAGCCAAGCAGCAGCACCAGGAGCUUCAAGCUCUGCAGCAAAACACCAACGGCAAACUCCGCGAGGCUCAGAAUGACCUGGAGCAAGUGUUGCGGCAGAUUGGGGAUAAAGAUCAGAAGAUCCAGAACCUGGAAGCUCUGCUUCAGAAAAGCAAAGACAUCGUUAGCCAGCUGGAAGCGGAGCGGGAGGACCUGUGUGCCAAGAUCCAGGCUGGGGAGGGAGAGACCGCUGUCCUUAAUCAGCUGAAAGAGAAGAAUCAUGCUCUGCAAGAGCAGGUAACGCAGUUGACCAACAAGCUCAAGAAUCAGUCUGAGAGCAACAAACAAGCCCAGGACAACCUACACAAGCAGGUCCAGGAGCAGAAGUCUCUGCUCCGAUCAGCUCAGGACCGCGCUCACACGCUGGAGACUUCUGUCACCGAGCUCACCGCCCAGCUCACAGACAGCAAGGAGAAAGUGUCGCAGCUGGACGCUCAGCUGAAAGCCAAAACGGAGCUGCUGCUGUCUGCAGAGGCAGCCAAAGCUGCGCAGAAGGCCAACCUGGAGAACAGCCUGGAGACGGCUCAGCAUGCGCUGCAGGACAAACAGCAGGAAUUAAAUAAAAACCAAAAGGAAGUUGAGGAGCAGGCCCAAAAACUCAAAGAGAGACAGGAGCAGUGCACUCAGCUGGAAACCAACCUGAAGGAAUGUCGAGACAAACUGCUGGCCUCAGAGCAACGCGUCGAGCAACUGGAAGGCCUCAACAAGAAACUGGAGUCACAGAUGGUGGAGGUGCGGACGGCACGCGAUCAGGCCCAGCAGGAGUUGGAGGCCCUGCAGAAGGAGAGUUUGGAGGUGAAACAGAAGGCAAAGGAGCUUCAGCGCUUUCUGGAGACGGAGAAGGAGGGAUCAAAGACGCUGCAGGAGGAACUGAAGAAAAAAGGAGCUUCUCUCGCAGACUCCCAGCAGCAGUUGGAGCGCUGCAAGCAGGACAUGUCUGAUCUGAAGGCCAGUCUGGACACGGUGACUCAGGAGGGGAAGACUCAGCGAGCAGAGCUGGAGAAGAAAACACAAAAUCUUUCAGCAGAUCUGCAGAAGGUUCAACAGGAGAAAGAAGCUCAAAGGAAGGAGCUGGUCGCUGUUCAGGAGAACCUGGGAAAGACCAAGAAGAUGCUCAAAGAGAGUCAAAGUCAGCUAGAGGCUGAGAUGAAAAACCAUAAAUCAGUUAUGGAAGAGAAGGAAAAGUCAGAGAAAGCCAGACAGGAGCUCUUAAAAUGCAAUGAAGCCGUCACCAAGGCGGUGAAAGAGUCUAAAGAGCAGCUGGAGCAGAGCAAAGAGGCAGAGAAAAAGUUGAAAGCACAGCUGACCUCAUUAGAGCAGCAGCACUCAAAGACUCGGGAGGCUCUGAAGGACAAGGAGGAUGAGGUCGGGAAGCAGCGGGAGCAACUGAAGACGCUGCAGAAGUCCUUGGAGGACGAGGCGAAGAAACUGAAAGGUCAGGUGACACAGCUGCAGGAAGCUGGUGUCAAGAAGGCAGAAGAAGAGACUAAGCUGAGAGCUCGGGUGUCCAGCCUCGACCAGGAGCUAGCCUCUGAGAAGAGCCGGGGUGCAGAACUGCAGAAAGCUUUUGAACAAAGUCAAGAAAAGCACAGCAAGCUUCAGUCAGACUUCUUCGGGAAAGAGUCCGAGCUUUCUGCGCUGCGUCAAGACCUUAAGGUGUUGGAGGAGAAACUGAGAGUGGCUCAGGAGGAGCUGGCUGCAAACCGAAGCCAUCAGACAGGUUUGGAUGCUCAGAUCCAGGAGUUAAAAGCAGCUCGCUCUUCAUUGGAGCAGGAGCUCACCAACCGGGACCAGAACCUUCAACAGCAGGAACACGCCAUGAAAGAGCUAAAGAAGCAGGAGGAUCAGAUGAAGGCGGAGCUUCAGCAGGAGAGGAACAAGGUCUCGGAGCUGAAUAAAGACAAAAGUGCUCUGGAGAAGACAAACACUAAACUAUCUUCGGAGUUAAAAACACAAACGGAGAAGAUCAAGAAGGAGCUGGGCGACUUGCAAGAAGCCAAACAGUUGCUGAUCCAGCAAAAGCUGGAGCUGCAGGGUCAGGUGGAGGCAGCGCAGGAGGUCCUUAAACAGGAGCAAAAGGAGCAUCAGGCCACCAGAGACAGUAUGAGCAAGAGAGAGGAGCAGCACCUCGCCCAAACAAAAGCCAUCCAGGAUCAGCUGGGGGCAGAGAAAAAAGCCAGAGAGGAGCAGGUGAGGCGCGGGGAGGAGGCUGAAGCCAAGCUCAGCGUGCAGGUGACGGCGCUUAACGAAAACGUGGCGACGCUGAAGCGGGAGUGGCAGGGCAGCCAGCGCAGAGUGAGCGAGCUGGAGAAGCAGACGGAUGAGUUGAGAGGAGAGAUCGCCGUGCUGGAGGCCACGGUGCAGAACAACCAGGACGAGCGGCGGGCUCUGCUGGAGAGGUGUGUGAAGGGUGAAGGUGAGAUAGAAAGACUGCAAGCCAAAGUGGUGGAGCUCAGGCGAAAGCUGGACGACACGACGGCGGCCAUGCAGGAGCUCGGCAGGGAGAACCAGUCGCUUCAGAUCAAGCAGUCGCAGAGUCUGACCAGAAAGUGGGCGGAGGAUCACGAGGUGCAGAACUGCAUGGCCUGUGGGAAAGGCUUCACCGUCACUGUCAGGAAGCACCACUGCCGCCACUGUGGGAACAUUUUCUGUGCCGAGUGUUCGUCCAGGAACGCGCUCACGCCGUCCUCCAAGAAGCCGGUCCGCGUGUGCGAGACGUGUUUUGAGGAACUCCAGGGCUGAUUUUCUCUCUUUCCACCGUUAUCAUCCCCGUGACGCCCCUUGACCUUUUCCCGUCAUUUUUACGUGCACUAAGAAGGACAAACCCAGCGCGGAGGCGUGUCAGAGGGAUUCUCUGAGGAGCCCGUGACAGGGUGGGGUUGUUCUGUGUGUUUCUGUGCCUUUGCUGCUCCUGUGGACUGCCAAAAGGAGGAGACAGUGAUUUACAAACAUUGCUCAUCUCUUUUUAAGUUUCUGCUCCAUUGUUGCGUCACGUGUUUGGAAACAUGCAACGAUGACGCGAAUGAUCUGUAUGUGACUGGGCGAGUGCGUAUCAUGCAUGGGUGCUGAGUCACUCCUGCUCUCCACAAGUUCUCACACUUUACCAAAACAUAUGAGCCCUUUUGACAAAUACAAUUAAAAUCAGGUUUAACUUUAUAGAAAAAACUAAUAAGUAUUUUAAUGCAGGUGUGACUGAGAAACUACUAUGUGCAGUCAUGAGUCUAUUCAUAGAUUUCAGUUGAUCUGUGUUCGCAUCUCACUGUUUAAAGAUUUUAAUGGGUCGUCUGCAACACUGGCGUGCAAGGAAGUAAUUGUUUGAAGUUCUUUUGGGGUCAGCCUGUUCUCAAAUUUAAAAGAUGGUUAACUGGUGCACCAACUGUUGUGUGGUAAAGCCGUUCCUUCUGUACAGCAGAGUGUAGGUUGCAGAAUGGUUUGCUCAGCCUGUUUCAUGACCAAAGAAUGUCUGCAGAAGGACGGGUAAAAGCUCAGCUUGUGUCAGUAUUGACGCCUGAACAUUUUCAAAAACUUGAGUUUUUAUCUUUAAAAAGACACAGAGGAGGGGCAGUAAUUUAAUUUUUGGUGCCAUUUUAUUUCUUUGUGUGUUACUUUCUACAAAUUGUGGUGCUUUCUGCGGAUUGUCGUCUUUAAAGGUGCCUGCGUGUUUCAUUUGACGUGUCCUGUAGCUCGCCUCUUCUCUGAAGCACUUAUUGCAGCUGGAGUUCGGCUGCUGCAAUGCACUAAAUGAAUGUUGGCUGCUCAGAGUCUCGGCAUCGCUGUGAUUUCUUGCAGCGUUGGGGUACAGGUAACUGCUGGUUCUCUGUCCAGCUGAGAUCACUGGAAACCGAAAUUCCUGUUAACUAGUUUACGACUGUUCGCCGGUUGAACCGCUGGUGCGAUUGCGUGUGUAUGCAGCAGCAGGCGACGGCACCGUGCAGUUUCCUGCAGCCCGUUCAGGCUUAACCAAACUCAUCGCAGAAGAAUGUCUGUUUGUGUUGCUUUCUGUGUGUUAAAUCAGUUUGCUUACGUCUACCUCAGACUGGCACAGGAAAAGCACUAAAAAAUCAUGAAUUAACAUUUAUUCAUGUUCUUUUUAUGUUGUACAGUCCCUGAAAUCUGGAGAGAAAAAUUGCACCUUAAUGUAUUUUGGGCUCAUUGGGCACAAACAGGAGCACCAGUUUAGGUAAUCACUCGUUAAUACUAAGGCUGUCAAAAAUGAUUUGUAUAUGUUUGUAUUGAAAGAGGAAAAAAAAAUUAACUAUAAAUCCGUGGAUGUAGAGAUCAGAUUAAUAGUGAAACUGUGUUUGGAUUCAUCCGUGUCUUAAUUGUUUUUAUAAAACGCUCAAUAAAAUGUGGCUUGCUUCGUGUUCUCACGCAUGACGUCUGAACGGGUCUACAGCUCGCUCUGUUUAUAGACAUCAGACCUCACCGCAUCUGAAGUGAUGCUCACGAAAAAGAUGAUUUUAUUUCAUGUCAUGACUAAUAAAAAUGUGCUGGAUGUUUCUUUUA